UUCAGGUAUAUACUUAACGGUAUACACUUCCACCGGUUUUUGCGAGUGUGCUUGCAUUGUGAAAGUAAAAAGAACUUAAGUGCACCGGAGGACGCAUUACCGGCUUUCAUGACUAAAAAUAUUCCAGAAGGAAGAAUUAUGGUCUUAGAUCUUUCAUCAUUGUGACAACGCGGUCAACAAAAUGGGUCCAACAUGUCCCAAGGGUUUAAUUUCUACACGAUUCGUCAUAGGUGUGAUGCUCUUUACAGCAUGUUUUGUCACAUACACCAUGCGAGUCAACAUGUCUAUCAACAUUAUAGCGAUGGUGGAACCCGCCAGAACGAAUGGAAGUCUUACCGAACCUGAAUGUGUAGUUGUCAAUAGAAUAAGUAACAACCAGACUUUAGGAAAUGAAAGUGCCGAAAAGUUGACUUCAGUUCCCGAUUACGGGACGAGGUACGAGUGGGAUUCAAAUUUGCAGAGUCUCAUUUUGGGGUCCUACUUCUGGGGCUACACGAUUACGUGUAUUCCUGGUGGAGUUUUAGGCGAAAAAUUUGGACCUACCAGAACUGUAAUGAUAGCAACACUAAUUUCUGGCUUUUUAACCCUUGUAGGUCCGCUUGCGUCCUCAUGGCAUUACGCUGUUUUGAUAUUAUCGCGUUUUCUGACUGGAGUGUGCGGGGGAGUAAUUUAUCCAUGUCUUCAUUGUCUGGUGUCGCGCUGGGCACCUCCAGAGGAAAAGGGCAAAUUUAUAGGGUCACUUUUAGGUGGUACCCUAGGAACCGUAGCAACCUGGCCGCUUUUAGGGGCCGUUAUUGAGAGUCUUGGUUGGUCAUGGUCAUUUUUCAUUAAUGGUGGUAUUGUGAUAGUUUGGUGCAUUUUUUGGAUUCUGUUGGUGUCUGACAGUCCUGAUAAACACCCCAGAAUAAGCGAAGAGGAAAAAUUGUACAUAGUUAGAAGUUUAGGAGACACACUAAAACCGACAAAAGGUUUGCCGCCAUACAAAGACAUUUUCCUAUCCAUUCCAUUUUGGUCUCUUAUAAUUUUACACUUCGGAAACCUCUGGGGUUUAUACUUUUUAAUGACAGCCGGUCCGAAUUUUCUUUCGACGGUUUUGGGUUUUAAUCUUGGACAUACCGGAAUUUUAGCAGCACUACCGUACUUGGCUAGAUUAAUUUUUGGUUUUAUUUUUGGACUUAUUGGAGACUUUAUCAGACAAAGAAAAAUCCUAUCUACGAUAAUGGUUAGGAAAGGAUUUAUCCUGUUUUCUCACAUUGUACCUGGAGCACUACUUCUGAUACUAAAUGUAACCGGAUGUGACGUAAAUUGGUCGAUCGCCCUCCUUACACUAUCACUCGGCUCCAAUGGCGCUUCCACCUUAACAAACUUACAAAACUCGCAAGAUUUAGCGCCAAAUUACGCAGGUACUCUUUACGGUAUUGCAAACUGUAUUGGCAGUACUACCGGUUUUAUCACGCCGCUGAUUGUGGGUCAGCUAACAGCCGAAAACAAUGGUUUGGACGAAUGGCACAUCAUUUUUUGCAUCGGAGCUCUAGUCUAUAUCGUGUGUGGCUUGGUAUUUUGCGUUUUUGGGAAGGCGGAUAUCCAAGUGUGGAAUGCAGCCAAAGAAAUAGACGAUCUGCAAAAGGGCGGCGUUCCAAAUCCUGCUUUCGAUAACGCGAGUGAAGUUACAAUGAAAGUGGAAGACAGUAGUGAUGAAAAUACCAAAGUCUAAAAAACAAUGAAUAUUUAUGUCGAUACGUGAAAAUUGUUAUAAUGUAUUUUUAACAGGCGUGGUACAAAAUUAGUAGUAAGAAAUUGUUGUCUUUCACUUUGUGUUGAUUUUACGUCAGAGGAAAAGUACCAAUGAAAGUGUGGUGUGAAGCGAAAAUGGUUUAAAUAAAUAUGGGACACGUGUGUAAACGCUUAGAUGGACAAUAAAAUCGCUGUUUAA